AUGCCUCCCUCGGCUCAAACGACCAGACUAGUUUCUAACCUCCGCCUCCUUAUCCCUCGUCUACGUCUCCUACAAAAGAAAGACACAGCCUCCUCAGUCGUCCAACGCCGCGAACUCUCCCAGCUCCUCAGCGAAGGCCGCGAUGCAUCAGCGCGCAUCCGAGUCGAAAAUGUCAUCGCAACAGAUAUUGCAGUGGAGGUAAUGGAGAUGGUUGAGCUCUACUGUGAGCUACUGCUGGCGCGCGCAAAUGUGUUGGAUCAGUUGGCCUUUAGCGACCAGGGGACACGUGCUAGACUUCGCGCCAAGGAACUGCUUAAGAAACGCACCCAGGAACAAGCUGGUGCUACAGUAUCAACUACCGCAGGUGUUAAGGGCGCUGGGGAAAGCACUGGCUCGCGAUUCGGGUUCUCUUGGUUAGGAGGAGGAGCGCAAAAGAAGGAGGCUGAGCGGGCUGCGCCCAUUACGGCAUCUGGUGCGGCGGAUGACUCUGGUGAUGGGCUUGCGGAUGAAGAUAAUCCAUACAUGGAUACUGCGAUCGAUGAGGCUGCUACGGUGGUCUUCUACGCGUGGCAUCGUUUUCCGCACGAGGUGCGCGAAUUCACUAUGCUUCGUACUAUGCUGGGCGAGCGAUACGGGAAGGGAGUCGAUACGGUCAAGGUUCCGGAUCGGCUUCUCAAGGGAUUGCGUGUGCGUCCGCCAGGACAGGAACUCGUUGAGAGUUAUCUGCGAGAAAUUGCGAACGCAUAUGGCGUUGAAUGGCAUGGAGCCGAAGAAGAGCUAGGAAGUGCGCCAGAAUUUGUGGAUGAUCUUGGUGAUGGUGGUGAUGGUGACGCAGAGGAACCCCAAUUGCCACAAACUCCUGGCAAGCAGCAAGGAGACUCAGGAUUGAGGCCGAACCCCGCUGAGGCGAGGCGUGCUUCGGAUGCCAGUGAAUUGACUAAAGCUACGCCUCCACGUGGACUCGCUUCGGGCCGAAGUCCUGUUAGCGUUGCGCCGCCAGCUCCCAGAACGGACAAUCCCAAUCCCAGAGUCAAGCUUCCCGGUACAGAAGGCAAAGCCGCUGCUGUCCCAAAGGAGGACACUACGUCUAAGAGCAAGGGUAACAACAAUGGGAUACCCGAGCUGGAUGAACUGACGCGAAGAUUUGCGGAUUUGAAGAGGAGACCAUGA